GCUCGCGCUCGGGUUUCAGCUGGUCCGGGCGGAGUCCAUGCGGGAUAAAGGAUUUACACGAAUUUAGCGCAGCUGAAGGUUUUUUAACGCGCUUUAGCGAGCACAACACCCCCGCCAAAAUGACCACGACGACCACUUUCCAAGGCAUGGAGCCCGGUGCCAAAAACAGCUCCAGGGUGUUGCGUCCCCCUGGUGGAGCCUCUAACAUUUCCUUCGGUACAGACGAGGAGAAACCAGUGCGCAAAAACAAGAUGGCCUCCAGUAUCUUUGCUGAACCUGACGACCCCCACGCGCACCGGAGGAACAACCCACCAGGUGGAGAAGCUACUGGCGUUCUGUGUGGAGAGCCGUCGGCCCCUCUGAGGCGGUGCCAGCCGGCCAUCUUUUACGAUGAUGGCACUCCCGGCGAGCAACAGGCCAACAAUGUGGAGGAACAUGAACCACAAGACAACACUGUGGAGGCCCCGGAGCAGAAAGAGGACACGGCACAUUCCUCGGUGCCCGCUGGCGCCCCCUCUGGCCGGAGGAACCCUCCCGGUGGCAAAUCCAGUCUGAUCCUGGGCUGAAACGGCCUUUUAUUGAACUUUCUCUGCUCUAUCUGUCUUUUCUCUCUCUUUAUUAUUAUUGUUUUGUUUUUUAAGAAUUCCCUCUUCCUUCACUAUUCUUGUGAGCAAUGGAAAUUUUUGUCCUCCACUGUCAUUUCAUUUUUUCUAUUGCAAAAAGAACAAAAAAAACCCCCUGUUUGUUGACAGAAGCACUUUAUGUAAGAGGUCCGUUUCAGCCGCUCCUGCAGGAUUCCAGACAUGAGAGAUUCACAUCCGUCUGCCCCGAUUAACAUCAUACAAGGAAAAAGGACAACAACAAAAUAAGAUUCGUUGCGCAAAAUUUCUAAGUACAAAUAAAGAUUGAUAUGAA